AUGACGGACCAUAUGGGGUCAAGGCCGCUUGCGUCGGCGUACGAUAGCCCUACAUUUGGGGAAGACAGCUCCUUCCAUAUUGACCAAGCGGUUGGUUCAAUGUCAAUAUCGCCUUGCGGGAGAGAUGUUGUUCUUGCAUCAAAGGAAGGCCUACACGUUAUAGACCUAGAUAAUCCAUACUCCCCACCCCGAUACCUCCCACAUCGGACAGCAUGGGAAGUUGCAGAUGUCCAGUGGUCUCCUUUUUCUGCUCGGGAUUCGUGGGUAGCUAGCACGUCAAACCAGAAGGCAUUGGUCUGGAAUCUAGCAAUGCGAACAUCACAGAACUCUAUCGAGCAUGUCCUACACGCACACUCAAGGGCAAUCACUGAUAUAAAUUUCUCAGCCCACCAUCCUGACUUGCUGGCAACUUGUGCUGUCGAUAGCUUUGUGCAUUGUUGGGAUCUAAGAACGCCAGCAAGGCCCGUUGUUUCUUUCUCGGACUGGUUCACCGGAGCAACCCAAGUCAAAUGGAACAGGCAAGACUCCCAUGUUAUUGCCAGUUCUCAUGAUAAAUCGCUUCAUAUCUGGGAUGAUAGAAAGGGCGCAUAUCCUCUGCGCACCUUUGAGGCACAUGGCACUAAAAUAUAUGGCAUUGAUUGGAAUAGAGCUCGCCCUGAAGCAAUAGUCACUUGUGCAUUAGACAAGACGAUCAAGUUUUGGGAUUAUUCAAGAGAAGAUGAUAAUCCGGAGAAGAUUAUUCAUACGCCAUUUCCAGUGUGGCGGACACGACAUACCCCUUUUGGGUGGGGAGUUCUAGCCAUGCCCCAACGUGGAAACAGCGACCUCCAUUUGUAUAGCCGCAUUUCUGGAGAUAAGAACGAUGAUGAAGAUGGCGAUUUACCGCUGGUACAUAGUUUCCCAGGGCACAAAGGCCAGGUCAAGGAAUUCCUUUGGAGGCAGCGUGGGAGCAUUAUAGAUGGUUUAGACCAUCGAGAGUUUCAACUUGUUUCGUGGGGGACGGAUAAGGAAUUGCGUCUUCAUCGCGUAGACCCAGAAAUUCUGAAAGGGGUAGGAUACGAAAAAGGGAAAUCAUUCAAUCCCCUGCUUAAUCUUACUCGAAAGGGUGCACCCUACAAAACUUUUCAUGAUGAACACUCCUACGAACAUGGUGAAAUCGGUGAUGAAUAUGGUGAGCGGUCAGAGUAUCUCGCAGCUAUCAAUAUCCUCAAGGGUAUGAGCGGGGUGAGCAUGCCAUACUCGCGUGGAUGGGGCCAGGUUCGACCUAUUGGACAAUCGGGUAGCGUGCGCGGGCGCCCAGCACUCAGAGCCGAUAUGAACCCUAUCUCCUGGAUGCGAGGAGUGAAAAUUUCUGGAUGGGAAGUGGAAACACUUGGUGAUGAAAUUAUCCACGUCGAGUAUCCCCGAAUGGAGGCUCCCGUUUUCAAUAUCCAACGGACCACAGCUGUAACAAGCCAGCUAGCCAAAACUGUUACAGCUGGAAUGCAAACAAUCGCGGAGACGUAUCUUUCUAGGCAACGAGGCUGUCUUGAAGGAGUGAUCCGCUAUUUACUCGGAGAACACACGGUGGAAGAGAGUGUCGCUCUCGCCAAAAAACAAUCAAGUGAACACCUUAAGACAGCUGAUAUUCUUGCUGAUAAUGAAUCAAGCGACGAAGACGAGGAUGUCGGCCAAUUCCAGGACUCUGACCUUGCUCUAAGCUCGUCUGAGCUCCUCCGCCCUAUCAAUGCUAAUGUCAUGGUCCCAGUCGCCCGGGCAUGCGGGGCUCUUUGGGCUAACGAUGGCCAGCUAGUCUGCUUCUUCCCGAAAAAGGAGGACAAGCCUCCGUCCUUCCUAGACUCCAUAAGCUUGCGAGCAAUUGCGGGAACUUCACGUAGUGACAAGGUAUUUGAAGGAUUUGGCCGUCUCCAAACUGGCUCUCCAGUUCCAAAAGGCACGACUGAAUCAGCCAUUAGCGGCGGACACAUCACUGAGGACGGUGGCUCGGAAUUUUCCGAUGACUCUUCAUAUGAUUCGUCAAGCUCAUCUGGCUCCUCCGACUUAUUAGGCUCACUGCCUCAACAGUUCCAAGGAAACCACGCCUGGAGACAUAGCAACAUCGGGUUCCAUCUUGCAAGGUCUAUUACAGGGACCUCACAGAGGUCAGUUGCCGGACCAAGCACUGCGAGGUCCUCAACAGAUUCUUGUCAGAAUUAUGUCCAUAUAUAUCACUUUAAUGACAUAUUACCUGCAAAACGAGACCUUGCUCAGCAAUACAAGCUAUUUGGUAACCGAGCAGAAAUUUGCUCGCAUAACAUGGUUGUUGCAGCAAAUGCAGGGCUCUCAGAGCUCUCCUACAUUUGGGGUCUUCUGAAUUUACUCUUGGAUAGCAAGGAGACGGCAGAUACCAAGGGCGUAAAAGAGCGUUUACGGCAUAUACUUAACAAUCCAACGGGCAGCCUGAGGCGAAAGGACAGUGGCAUUGGUUUGAGUAGCGACGGUCUCAAAACAUGGGGUGAUCAUCCUCUAGGAGCCCGAUGGUUUAUUCCUGCUUUAUUUGAACAUUUCGAACAAAUUGGAGAUGUUCAAAUGCUUGGGAUGCUCUCAUGCGUUCUAUAUGAGACAGAUAUGAAGCGACUCUAUCCGGACGAUCAAACUAAAACUCGAGCUUCUGACUUAGACGAUAAAAGCUUCUCUGACCAACAAUCCCAAGGGAAACAUAAUACAACACCACUCGCGAGCAAAGACUUGCCUGUAAUAUCGGCAUCCCAUAGUUCGGGCUGUUCAUCUGUUGACCAGUGGCAUGGAAAUACGCCUCCCCUAUAUUCUACAGGAACCACGCCUCCCACAGGAAUACGUGGUGCAAGAUCCAGUAUGGACCGUAAAUCUCGUUAUAAUACAUCUCUGUCUGGAUCGCCUGACCCGCCUUCAAAUAUGCGCAUUAAUCCGAACUUUGGCAAUACCUUGGCCUCCUCUCUCUCACGAUCCCUAACCUUUGGGCCAUCCGCAUCCUCUUCACCCCCAACAGGUUCUGUUAAGAAACAACCUAGCCCUAUUGGUAGCCUUUCUGCUCAUGGCCCUAGCAUCUGGAGCUCAGUUGGAGGUUUUCGUAGUAAGGCAGCUUCUGCAUUACCCAGCUAUCUUACACCCUCUGCGAUCGGUACUCCACAAACAUUCUCUGAUUCAGAAGAAAGCGACAAGCCAGCCUCACCCAGAGUCAACAAACUUAGUAGAGGUAUAAAGGUCGUCAAAAGACACCAGGCCGCAUUUGACAAUGAUUGCAGGGCCGAGGUUCCAUUGCUUGACCCUCGACUACAGCCCCUUUACCAGGCAUAUCGAGAGAAUUAUGCACAUUUACUGUUUAUAUGGAACAUGCCGAUACAAGGAAGAGAAGUGUUGAAGACGGCAUCCAUUGUCGAUAAUGAGACGGAACAUUCUGUUUUACACAAACACAGUAACAAAUACCCACGAACAAGGUACGGCAAUCGGCGCCAUAGCCUGGCCAUUAAUCAACAACCUUCAACAGAGUCCACGGCCGAAGGACUCAAUCUCCAGCAUCACUGUGCGACAUGCGGCUCUGCGCUGCAUAUUUCAGCCUUUUCAAAACUAAAUGCGCUGGGUAAAGCACCCGGGAAGAAUAGCAGACGGAACGCCCUCGUUAAUGUCCAGUGCCUCAACUGCAAUCUAGCGUUACCGAUUUCGCCCAAAAUGUCUUGUGCUAUCUGUACGGAAAUAAUCCAAGGCAUGUUUUCUCCAUGUCUAGCCUGUGGCCAUAUAUGCUGCUUCAAAUGCCAUUCUCAGUGGUUUGCGCCCGUCACCGUGACUGACAGUGGCAUCGUGGAGGGUAUCGAUGCUGUAUUAUGUCCAACUGGCUGCGGGUGCAACUGCUCAAAACAUAUGGUGAUCAACAUGCCUAUGCCUCCUACGCUUACUUCUCCUACCACUCCCGCUGUUCCAGCAUCACCAUCGUCGGAAGUCACUCCUGGUCCCGCUCUUAUGACAAGAAGCAAGACUGUAAACUUAGGGACUACCGAUAACCGUACAAAUACCAAAAAAUUAAGGAAUAAUUUACAUCAGACCACACCAAGACGUGAAGGUGGGAAGUCAGACGAGCAUCAAAACGGUACACCCGCAGAUGCUCGCGGCCGAUCAAGCCUCGACGAACAGCGCCCAACAGCCAGCUCUCGAAAGCCAGCGGCUCAUUCUGGUUCAAUUAGUAGGGUUGCAGGCUGGAUUGGCAAGAAUUCACUUGAGAGAAUGGAGACAAUGUGA